UGCAUGAAAUGCCCCAUGCAAAUAGAAAACAGUGGUAUCAAGAAUGACCUUCACUACUCAUUACUCUAUAGUGGUGACUGUGCUUUGGCAGCCGUGGGGAUUAAUGCCAAUGAAGAAUCGCUGAUUAUGAAUUACUGUUGCGUCUUACAGCUGCUGGGGUGUCUCUUCCUCUUCGGAAGCUGCCAGGAGUUCGACCCUUGUAAGAAUCACACUGUGGUGACUGGCCCUUGGCGCAACGUGGGUUUCACAGCGCAUGGUUUUGCGGGCUACCCGCUCUGUGACUCUGGCCUGAGUGGAAAAUGGACACGCUUCACAGGGAUUGGUGGGGAUGUUCUAACCGAAACGUGUCACUUUCUCUGGCAUUGUGGCUCAUAUGUGUGUGCACGUUUGGGCUACGCUCACCCAACGCUCAAGGAUGGGAUUGUGUCAGGCCCAACACAUAUGAGGUGGUCUGGAUACUGCAACUACUACACUUCGAGCCUGAAGGUCCUGGCUUGCCAAGGAGGAUUCUUUGUGUACUUUCUGUCACCGUUUCCUUGCCCAUGGAACUAUGCUCUUCGACAUAGCAACUGCAGCCUGGCUGAUUGCGGACCACUUGCCGAAUGCGUGGGUGAAGGAUUUUGUCAGUGCAUGAAUGGAUUCCAACUACCGGAUGAUCGUCUUCCAGUUAAUGAAUCAUAUGGCUGUACAGACAUUGAUGAGUGUGCAACCCUGACAGACGACUGUGAUCCUUUAUCUGACUGCGUGAACACUUUUGGGUCUUACAACUGCUGCUGUCACAAGGGUUACCAAACACCUAAUAACACCAAGCCCAGCCUUUCAAACCCCUGUAAAGAUAUCAAUGAGUGUGUGGAGGAACCCAACAUCUGUGGUCCCAACGCUAACUGCUCCAACACUGUUGGAGCCCACACCUGUACCUGUCACCCAGGUUACCAAGUACUCCCCGUGGGUUCCUUGGCUAAUAUUUCAAACCCCUGUCGAGACAUCGAUGAGUGCCUGAAAGACAUCUGCGGUCCCAACUCCACCUGUACUAACACUCCUGGGAAUUACACCUGCACCUGUCAAACGGGCUAUGGUGCCAAAAACAAGCUCUUAAGGGUUAAUUCCUCAAACCCCUGUGCAGACAUAAAUGAGUGUAAACUGGACCCCCCUAUUUGUGGUCUCAACGCUGACUGCACCAACACUAUUGGGUCUUAUAUAUGUGACUGUCACCUGGGUUUUCUAAAGAUUCUCUUGGCUGGCACCAAGGACCCCUGUGCAGAUGUGGAUGAGUGUGUCACAAACAAUUGUGGCACUUAUGCUAUGUGCUACAACACGCUAGGAAGCUAUUACUGUACAUGCAAGGAAGGGUACAUUGCCUCCACUGGGUUUACCUGGAAGUAUGGGGUUUCCGUGUGUGAGAGUGUGCAGAGCAAAAUUUCCUCCAUAACCCCUGCAAAGGGCCAGACACCUGAGGUAGCCUUCCUUGCGUCAAUAGCCCAAGACUUAGGGAAGAAGUCUGACAUCAUUCUGCCUCCAGGGACAGUGACCAAUAUCUUGUCCACGGUCCUGUCAGUCAGCAGUGGCAUGCCUCCCGAAAAGGGCUCAGCCAGCAGUGGAAAUGUAGCCAACAUUGUCCUAGACGUCUCUGAGAAACUGAUGUCUACCCUGAUUGAGCCCACCACCACAGAGUCCAGAAAACUUGUGAUGACACCUACCAUGGAAAUUAAUUUACAGAUCAUUGGUCCAGCAUGGAACACGACCAAGAUUCCCGUGCUGAACGCCAAGGGAAACACAAUGACACUCGACAAUCUUGCAUCUAUUGCUGAACAGAACAACGGAUCCGCUGCUGCAGUUCUGAUGUCAGUCAGUGGGAUGGAGAAACUCAUGAGUCCCAGUUUCUUCAAGAGUGAAAAUGCCACAGAGAUGUAUUCUGACAUCGUCACUGCCACGCUGCCUAAGACGAAACACAAGGAGCUCACCGAGCCUGUCAACUUCACUAUGUACCACAAGAAGACGUUGCAGGCUGGGCUGGUUACCUGUGUGUACUGGAUGGAAAAUGGGAAUGAGACACACUGGUCAGUGGAGGGGUGCACAGCCUCCUUCUCCAACGAGACCCACACAGUAUGCACCUGUACCCACCUCUCCACAUUCGCCGUCCUCCUGCAGACGGGGGGACAGGAUAACGAAGAGGAUGAUCCUCUGCUGGAGAUGGUAGACCUGUUCUGUAUGUGUGUGGGUCUGGCCUUCCUCGCCCUCGCCAUCCUCACUUUCCUACUGUGCACAUGGAACCCUAAGGUCAACAACACUGCCCGCCUCCACCUCUGCAUCUGCCUCUUCUUGGGUCACCUGCUCUUCCUGGUGGGCGUAUCUCGCACCGAGAAUGCUGUGGUGUGUGCAGUCAUUGCAGGCUUGCUGCAAUUCAUCUUCCUGGCGGGCUUUGUGUGGAUGUUGCUGGAGACUGUGCAGCUGUUCCUGCUGGUCAGAAGCCUGACCAAAGUACAGGUCAUCCAGAAGGAGGGGCUGAAGACACUGUACCUCCUGCUGAUUGGCUACGGAGCUCCCACGGUGGUGGUGGGAGUGUCUGCAGCGGUGUUUCCAGGCGGUUAUGGCAGCAAAAACACGUGCUGGUUAAGUCCAGAAAGAAAUUUCCAAUGGAGUUUUAUUGGCCCAGUGGCUGCUAUUCUCGCUCUCAACUUGGUCUCAUUUGGUGUGAUCCUCUGGAGCCUACAGCCUACGCUAGCCAACAUGAAGAGUAACGUUUCCCAGUCAAAAGACACCAGACUGAUUAUCUUCAAAAUUGUUGCCCAGUUUUUUGUUUUGGGGUGCGCCUGGAUCCUGGGAUUUUUCCAGAGCAGCCCUUUGUUAAAAUACCUCUUCAUCGUCCUGAACUCACAGCAGGGCACCUUCAUCUUCAUCGUUCACUGUCUGCUCAACAAAGAGGUGCGAGAGGAGUACAAGAGGUGGUUCUCAUGCCUGUUAAGACAAAAGGAGCCCCCAGGAAGCAAAGGGUCCCCUAACAGCGUAUCUACUGUUCAGAAAUGAAGGACAGCUUCAGUGUCACUCAAAUGGAAAACUGACUAGGCAGAGAAUCAUCAUAAAUCAACAGCAGAGAAGAUGUUUUCAGAAGCAAAUAACAUUAACCUUUCUUUGUAUUCAAAACAAACAUUAGUGGUCCUCUUUCAGUAGCACUGGUCGCAAGUACUGUAGGCAACGUGCUGGUGUGAUUGCAUUGUGCUCAAAUUGCACACACAUAAUUGUGUGCCUCCAUAACACCUUAUGUUAUAUGUAACAUGCAAACUUCUCCAACCAAAUGAUGUAGAUAUUAACUAACAGAACUAAAAGAGGACAUUAUAAAACUCUGAUGAUAUACUGUAAAUAUUUUUUGUUUUUAUUGUAGAAACCGCAGGAGCCUUAGAUGGUUGCAAGCCCUUAUUCUUCCAUAUCUAUUAUUCUUGUCUUGUUCAUAUAGCAUAUUUUUGAUUCAAUGUAAACGUAAUGUAAACGUAUAUAUGCAAUGUAUUGUAAAAUUUGUUACACACACACAUAUA